GCCGGACGCAUGACAUCAUCCCCCCCAGCUUCCCUGCGCGGACAGAGCUCUGGUUUCUCCAAGUGCGCACGGCGGCUGCUGCUGAGGGAGCGACUGUUCCCGCUGUACCCAGACGCGUCCUGAGCAACCUGCGCUCCCGGGGUGGAUUUUAAACCCAUUAUUUCACCUGGCAGAGGAACCCGUGAACCGCUGCUCACUGGACCUGACGCAGGGACGCGCAGAUUUGACGCCAACUCGGGGAUUAUUGGUUGUUUUAAACAUGAAGAUGUGACGGUUUAUAAGCCGAGAGGGGAAAAACGGAACUCCGCGGUUGAUUAAAAAAGGUGCGAGUGAACGAGGAAGAAGAAGAAGAAGAAGAAGCCACUGGAGCAGCUGAAGAUAUGAAGCUAAAGAGCUUUUGAAAACAACCAAGCGAGUGCCAAGCCGUCCUGCGUGAAGACCCCAGACGCCCCAACGCCGUCGGGCCUCGGCUGUCCGGCCAGGUGGAGGAUCGGCCCCGCCCCUUCCUGCCCCGCCCCGCCCCUUCCUGCCCCCCCCCCCCUCCCGACUGUGAUGACGAAGAUGGCCACCGGGGGAGCCCCUCGCGCCUCGCUGCCGCUCCUGCUGCCUGUCGCCGCUCUGCUGCUAUCGCUGCUGCUCACCAGCUCCCACGCCUUAUCACCGCCGCGGUUCACUAAAGUUCCAGUCGACCAGAUUGGCGUCUCGGGGGGCGUGGUCUCGUUCGUGUGCCAGGCGACGGGCGACCCCAAGCCGAGGGUGAGCUGGAACAAGAAAGGCAAGAAGGUCAACUCCCAGCGCAUCGAGACCAUCGAGUUCGACGAGGGCGCCGGCGCCGUGCUCAGGAUCCAGCCCCUCCGAGCGCCGCGUGACGAGAACAUCUACGAAUGCGUGGCGGAAAACAGCGAGGGCGAGAUCACCGUCAACGCCAAGCUGUCCAUCAUCCGAGAGGAUCUGCUGCCACCAGGGUUCCCUAACAUUGACAUGGGCCCUCAGUUGAAAGUGGUGGAGCGCACUCGGACGGCCACGAUGCUGUGUGCCGCAAGUGGCAACCCGGACCCAGAAAUCACCUGGUACAAAGACUUCCUACCCAUUGACCCCAGUGCAAGUAAUGGGCGAAUCAAACAGCUUCGCUCAGGUGCCCUGCAGAUCGAGAACAGCGAGGAGACGGACCAGGGGAAGUACGAGUGCGUGGCGUCUAACGUGGAAGGCGUGCGCUACUCGUCCUCCGCUAACCUUUAUGUGCGAGAGCUUCGAGAAGUCCGGCGGGUUCCUCCUCGUUUCUCGAUUCCACCAACCAGUCAGGAAAUUAUGCCCGGUGGCAGUGUGAACAUAACAUGUGUGGCAGUGGGGUCGCCCAUGCCUUACGUCAAGUGGAUGCUCAACUCAGAGGACUUGACACCGGAGGAUGAGAUGCCAGUGGGCAGGAACGUUCUGGAACUGAGCGGUGUCCGUGAGUCAGCCAACUACACCUGCGUGGCCAUGAGCAGCCUUGGCAUCAUUGAAGCCGUGGCACAGAUCACUGUCAAAUCUCUGCCCAAGCCUCCAGGAACCCCCGUGGUGACAGAAACCACUGCCACCAGUGUGACUAUCACCUGGGACUCGGGCAACCCAGACCCAGUGACCUAUUACAUCAUUCAGUACAGGGCCAAGUCCCCAGACAGCAAGUAUGAGACCGUGGAUGACAUCACCACUACGCGCUACAGCAUUGGUGGACUUUACCCCAACACAGAAUAUGAGAUUCGCGUGUCGGCCGUCAAUGCGAUUGGCCAAGGUCCCCCCAGUGAGCCUGUAGAAACUCGAACUGGAGAGCAAGCCCCUGCCAGUCCACCGCGAAAUGUCGAGGCCAAGAUCAUUUCUGCAAACACCAUGAUGGUGCGCUGGGAAGAGCCUGAGGAGCCCAAUGGGCAGAUUAAGGGCUACCGUGUUUAUUAUACCAUGGACAACUCCCAGCCUAUGAGUCUCUGGCAAAUCCACAAUGUCCAGGACAGCAUUAUCACUACUAUCCAGAGCCUGAUCCCUCAGGAGACCUACACAAUUAAAGUCCUGGCAUUCACUUCUGUGGGAGACGGGCCCUUUUCAGAAGCCAUCCAUGUUAAAGUCCAACAAGGAGUUCCAGGUCAACCAUCCAAAUUCCAGGUUGGGGCUGUAUCUGACACCAGCAUCGAACUGACCUGGGAACCUGCUUAUGAAAAGGAAGGAAUUAUAAACUAUGAACUCCGCUAUAAGGAAAUUGGUCUUGGCACACAGGUGAAGAAAACCUUCGGACCUACAGCUUCAUAUGUUGUGGAAGGUCUCCAACCCAACAAAGAGUACCACUUCUCCCUGGCUGCCAUCUCUAACAAAGGCAUUGGAGCAUUCACAAAUGAGAUACCACAGAAGACCUUGCAAGCCAAGCCCUCAGCCCCCCCUCAAGACAUUAAGUGCAGCACCACCAGCUCCACCACCCUGCUGGUAAGUUGGCGGCCCCCGCCUUUGGAGAGUCAGAACGGUGUCCUGGCAGGAUAUAGGGUACGCUACCAAGUGGUGGGCCCCUCAGACGUAGACAGUGAUGACGGGGAGCCCACGGAGGAGCCAACGGUGCCUGCUACCGAAGAGCAGGUGCUGCUGCAGCGUUUGGAGAAGUGGACCCAGUACCGCAUCAUGGUGACAGCCCUCACUGUGAUUGGGCCAGGCCCUGAGAGUGAGCCCCUGGUCUGCCGGACUGAUGAAGACGUGCCCGGGGCUCCUCCAAGGCGAGUGGAGGUGGAGGUCCUCAACUCCACGGCGCUCAAAGUGAUGUGGCGCUCCCUGAUGCCGGGCAAGCAGCACGGUCAGAUCCGCGGCUACCAGGUUCACUAUGUGCGCGUGGAAAACGGCGAGUCCAGAGGUCUGCCCCUCAUCAAGGACGUCAUGCUGGCUGACGCCCAGUGGGAAACGGACGAUACAGCUGAAUAUGAAAUGGUCAUUGGAGGACUCAAGCCAGACACCACCUACUCCAUCACAGUGGCAGCGUACACCACCAAGGGUGAUGGAGCCCGGAGCAAACCCAAACUGGUGGUGACCAAGGGAGCAGUGCCUGGCCCUCCCUAUCUCACUGUGGCUCAGGAAUCAGAGACAUCAGCUAUGGUUCGCUGGGACCCUCCAGACCUGACCAACGGCAUGGACCUGCAGGGUUACCGGCUCCAGUUUGGCCGGAGAGAUGUCUCUCCUUUGGCAACACUGGAAUUUGCUCCCCAAGAACGAUACUACUCUGUGGGCAAAGUUCAUCGAGGGGCCACUUAUCUCUUUAAACUCUCAGCCAAGAGCAGGGGGGGCUUUGGGGAAGAGGCUGUGGUGGAACUCGGUGUGCCCGAAAAUACCCCGGGGGGAUACCCUCAAAUUAGCGAGGACUCCAAUGUGACAUGCUGCUCAGUGCAGCUGUCCUGGUCUCCACCAGUGCUGGCCGAGAGGAAUGGGGUAAUCACAGAGUACACGCUGGCCUAUAAAGAAGCCGGGACAGGAGGGGAUCCGCGGGAGCUCCACUUGCCUCCCAACCUGUCUAGCUAUGUGCUCAACAGCCUCAGACCGAACUCGGUGUACGAUGUGAAAAUACGUGCACACACCAGUGUAGGUCCAGGGCCCUACAGCCCACCUAUCCAGUAUCGGACGGUGACCUUUGAUCCCACAGAUGUUCCAAAGAAUUUCACUGUCAAGUGGGCAACCAAGACCACCGUGGUUCUCGCAUGGAAGUUUUCUGAGGGCAGGUCUCCAUACAAAUGCACAAUUGAAUACAACCGUCAGAAGAUGGAUGUGGAUGCCAGGCUGAUGAGGGUGAUCAUCACUGGGCUGAGGCACAACACCACCUACGAUUUCAGGGUGACCUGCCAAGAAAGCAUGGACGGUGGGCCGAAACACCGGGUGGUGGCCAGGACCGCGCCACUGAUACUGGGCAAGAAACCCAAGCUGGAUAUAUAUUCUGAGACUGACAUGCUCACCAUGUCCUUUCCCCCGGUCGAUAGCAAGGACAUCAAGAACUUCUAUGUGGUUGUGGUGCCACUUAAGAGAACCUCCGGCACCGUUAAAAACCUAAAGAACCCCGAUGAGAUGGACAUGGAAGAGCUGCUGCGGGAGGUGACGCCGAAACGCCGCUCGCGGCGUCAGCUGGCUCAGCUGGACCAGAGGAAGCCCUACAUCACAGCCUGCUUCAGGCAGCUGCCCUCCACCUUCACGGUGGGCUCGGACCACCGCCACAGCAGCUGCGAGAACAAGCCUCUCGAGCCAGGUCAGGAGUACGUCUUCUUCCUGUUGGCUGAACUUAACAUAACCGCUGGGAAAAUGUAUGCUACCAGCCCUUACACCGACACAGUGAUGACUCCAGAGCUGGUGGUGGACCCCCUGCCAGUGGACACUGGUGACGGUCUCAUAUGGGUGGUGGGCCCAGUCCUGGCUGUGGUCUUCAUCAUCUGCAUUGUCAUUGCCAUUCUUCUGUAUAAAAACAGCAAACCCGACAGCCGCAAAAGAAAAGAGUCAGAGCCUCGCACAAAGUGUCUGCUUAACAACGCAGACAUCACUCCCCACCACCCCACAGACCCCGUGGAGAUGAGACGCAUCAACUUCCAAACUCCAGAUUCUGGUCUGAGCAGUCCUCAGAGUGAAGCAGAUUUUGACUAUGAAAGUAUGAUGAACCAUCCUCCCAUCCCCAUCUCAGAGCUGGCCGAACACACUGAGCUUCUCAAGGCCAACGACAAUCUGAAACUCUCGCAGGAAUAUGAGUCGAUCGAUCCAGGCCAGCAGUUCACCUGGGAGCACUCCAACCUGGAGGUGAACAAGCCCAAGAAUCGCUACGCCAACGUCAUCGCCUACGACCACUCCCGCGUCAUCCUGGCUCCCAUCGAGGGAAUUACAGGUAGCGACUACAUCAACGCCAACUACAUUGACGGCUACAGGAAGCAGAAUGCCUACAUCGCCACCCAGGGCCCGUUACCAGAGACGUUUGGGGACUUCUGGAGGAUGGUGUGGGAGCAGAGAGCAGCCACGGUGGUCAUGAUGACCAGGCUGGAGGAGAAGUCUCGGGUUAAGUGCGACCAGUACUGGCCCAGUCGUGGCACCGAGACCUACGGCAUGACACAAGUGACCCUGCUGGACACAAUAGAACUGGCCACGUUCUGUGUCCGCACCUUCUCCUUGCACAAGAACGGCUCCAGUGAGAAGCGGGAGGUUCGUCAGUUCCAGUUCACGGCGUGGCCCGACCACGGCGUGCCCGAGUACCCCACCCCCUUCCUGGCCUUCCUGCGCAGGGUGAAGACCUGCAACCCGCCCGACGCCGGGCCCAUCAUCGCCCACUGCAGCGCCGGCGUCGGCCGGACGGGCUGCUUCAUCGUCAUCGACGCCAUGCUGGAGCGCAUCAAGCACGAGAAGACGGUGGACAUCUACGGCCACGUCACGCUGAUGCGCUCGCAGCGGAACUACAUGGUGCAGACGGAGGACCAGUACAGCUUCAUUCACGACGCUCUGCUGGAGGCGGUGGCCUGCGGCAACACGGAAGUGGCCGCCCGGAGCCUCUACUCCUACAUCCAGAAGCUGGCGCAGGUGGAGAGCGGCGAGCACGUCACCGGCAUGGAGCUGGAGUUCAAGCGUUUGGCCAAUUCCAAAGCCCACACAUCGCGCUUUAUAAGUGCCAACCUGCCCUGCAACAAGUUCAAGAACCGUCUGGUCAACAUAAUGCCCUACGAGACCACUCGUGUGUGUCUGCAGCCAAUCAGAGGCCUGGAAGGAUCUGACUACAUCAAUGCCAGCUUCAUUGAUGGAUACAGGCAACAAAAGGCCUACAUCGCCACCCAGGGCCCCCUGGCAGAGACUACAGAAGAUUUCUGGAGAAUGCUCUGGGAGAACAACUCCACGAUCGUAGUCAUGUUGACCAAACUGAGAGAGAUGGGACGGGAAAAGUGUCACCAGUACUGGCCGGCGGAGCGCUCCGCCAGGUACCAGUACUUUGUAGUGGAUCCCAUGGCUGAGUACAACAUGCCCCAGUACAUCCUCAGAGAGUUCAAGGUCACAGACGCCAGGGACGGCCAAUCCAGAACAGUAAGGCAGUUCCAGUUCACUGACUGGCCGGAGCAAGGCGUGCCCAAGUCUGGGGAGGGGUUCAUCGAUUUCAUUGGACAGGUGCAUAAAACCAAGGAGCAGUUUGGACAGGAUGGGCCAAUCUCAGUCCACUGCAGUGCUGGUGUGGGCCGGACCGGUGUCUUCAUCACCCUCAGCAUCGUCCUGGAACGAAUGCGCUACGAGGGCGUGGUUGAUAUCUUCCAGACAGUGAAGAUGCUGAGGACACAGAGGCCAGCCAUGGUUCAGACCGAGGAUGAGUACCAAUUUUGCUAUCACGCAGCCCUGGAGUACUUAGGAAGCUUUGAUCACUAUGCAACGUAAAAAGCCAUCUCUUCCCCCAGAAUCCUGUCUCCUCCCCCCCACCCCCACCCCCAACAGUCUCCUGAGCCAUAGAAACUUGAAAUUUGAGACGACAACAACAGCAGACGACGACACCUCUGCUGCUAAUUCAGGCGCACCAAACAGGAUCCCAUUGUAGAUUUUCGCUAAACACCCAACAAGUCAGUUUAGAUUUUAAUUCCAAUUUCAAAGAGGCCGUUCUUGAAGACAUGAGGAAAAUUUGCCCAUUAUCAUGAAAAGGAAAUCCUCAUCGGGGGCAGAACUAGAAGUUGUGGCUCAAGCUGUGGGGCAGGAAUCGAUCAAAGUGUCAGACUUCUUACCUUACCUCAAGUGUUUCAAUGUGGAGGACAUUGUAAACAUUCGUGGACAUUUCUCUUCUCAAAAAUAUCUUUGUGAUACAACAGUAACAAGCAACAGAUCAUGAAGGAGAAGGCAACUGCAAAAAUCAACGAGAGGCAGAUGGAUGUAGCCAAGACAAGGGUGACGUUCUUGUUUUUUUGCUGUCUGGGUGUGAAAGGGGUUUAAGUAUUUCUAUCCACACGUUUUGUGAGUGAUAUCCAGAGAAAUGACCAAAUUGUGGUUGUGUGAACGAACCUUAAUGGUUUUUCCCCGAACAAGACGAGACAAAAAAAAGAACUAAACAGCAGGAUAACACUCAAAUCAUGUAUGUAACAACAAGUAAACACCACAUAACUGGCUUUGUCAAGCACUAAGAGCCUUUAGAUGCACUGCCUGUGCUUGAAAGGAAGGAAACAGCAAUGCAUAUCUUAACACCACUUAGUUACAUGAGUUGUCAGCCAGGUGAUGGCAGUAACGGUAGAACUGGGAAACUCGCCUGCUGCAAGAAGCUCCAGCUGCGUCGUCUUGCCAAACGAUCAAGAUGGGAGACAUCGCAACCGCGUCCCGUGAUUUAGCUUUUUUCCUCCUGGGGAACCAUUGCAUCAUGGGAAUUUGGCAUUGACAUCCACCAUUCUGAAGAAGAGAUGAUCCUGAUGGGCAAGAAGCUUUGGAACAAACCGAUUAGCCAAACAAGGAUUCCCGGCAUCUCUGGGCUUUCUUUGUGUACAGUGACCAACGCUCAUCGACAUCAUUUAGAACAUUUUUUGUCUUAUAAGAAACUCUCUUUUUUUGUCUUUUUUCUGUCAAAACCAAACAUGCUGCUUAUCUUGUGUAUGCUGUGCGUGUGACUCUAGGGAGAGAGAGGGCCGUCUCUGCUAAGCGCUCGUGCCCGAGAGCGCAUCUACGUAACACACCAUCCACGGGUGUUUCCACCCCCCCCGGUCCCAAGCUCCUUUAAAACCAUCUAUUUCAUUAUAUAUAACAAUCAAGAGGAAGAGGCAGAGGCCGCUCACGGGCCCAGCGCUCGUGUGCUUUGAGAAACUGGCCUUUAGCUCCGCUGUGUGUGGAUGAACCAGGUAGACGGCAGCAUUUGGGUUCUGUGUAGACGCUGGUGCCACGAGCCAGGCAGCCACGUUGGAGCUCCAUGCCAUGGUGUGAUAACAGUAACGGUAUGGAAUACUUUACUUGCACAUCCCUAUCGAACAAACUAAAGGAACCUUAAACAAAUACCCCAAAAAGCAGUUGCAGGAGGCGAGUGUGUCGUACGGAGCCUGCAAACGUUUGUGGAUGUGCACAAAAAAAAAAAAAAACGAGCGAUGGACAGAACUGUGUGUAAUCUUUUCUUAUUUCCAAAAAAGCCUUAUUGUUAUUGUAACAUUAUGAAACAUUAAUGUUGUAUUACGAAAACGUAUUUUACAUUACAUAGUUGACUUUUUACUUUCUUUUUGGUUUAGUUUUUUAACAGAGAUGUUGUAUUGCAUUUUUUAAAAAUUAGCAGGAGAAGAAAAAUGCUUAUUUGUUCAUAUUAUGUUAAAAGACAUUCUAUUUUUUCACUGUAGAAAUGUUAAGUAUAACAUGUCUGUGUAUGUGUGCAUAUAUGUAUGUACGUAUGUAUAGUGCACACUCACACAUGCAUAUAUAUUUAAAAGUAAAAUAUAAAGAUAUAUCCAAACACGUAGUAUUAAUUCAGCUUUUCUCUUUAUACCAGCCAGUGCUCAUUUUUAAAACAAAUUCUUUACUUUGUCUAUAUUUUUUGGGAUGAUAUUAGAAACCUUGUGCGUUUCUUGAGAGAAAUCGGAGGUUACUGUAUGUCAGCGCUGUGUCUGAAUUCUCUGCCUCCACUCGCCGGUGGUCAACCUCUACCACCGCGUGUGCUGAUGAGCAGAUGGCAUUUUGAAACCUUCAUGACAUUAUUCUUCUUCUUAAGUGGCAGGCAUUAUUUUUGCAGCCAUUCAUGAACUGGUCUAAAAAUAUCUAAUCCGAUCAACAAUUUCAUGAUUGCCUUUCUUUUCGUUGUCUUUAUUAGGCCGGUUUGACCGUACCUGUACCUUUCAUGGCCGCGUACAGUCUGCGACUCUCCGUUUUUAUUGAGUUCUUUUGUUUUUUUUUUACAUUAUAAUUUCCAGACAUAAUGUGGUCAUUCAUUUCAUUAGAUAUCCAAUAUGAUCUAGACUAUACCUGUAAAUAAACAAAUAUAUAGAUUAUAUGUAUUUGUAUCAUUUGACCCUUGAGAUCUCAUACUUUACACAGGGACAGAAUUACAAAGACUGAGGCUCUGCUCAUAUCCGACUUCCUGGUGUUUGUUAAGUCUGUUUUCUCUUCUUUCUCCAGUCCUGCUCCCUUGUCUUUAAUUACCCCAUGCUUUUUUUCUGCCUUUGAUUUCCCCUGCUAGCAGUUAAACUGGGAAACAUGCCAGCUCCUCACACCUAUAGCCUCAACGAGGGCAUGAAAUCAGCAUCAGUGAUCUGCUAGUGUAAUUAAGCCAAGGCUGGGAGGUUACUCCACUAACUAACCAUUUGAAUUGCUAAUCAGCUAUAAAGUUAACAAUGAACCUUCUUUCUCUUUAAGUGGAGAACUUUUCCUUCUGUUGUUUUGUUUUUGCUUUUUAUUUGCCCUGGCAUUAGAUUAGAAUGAGUAUACGGAACACAAGGUGCGCUUUUUUUUUCUUUCAAAACAUGAGACUCAAGCAUCCAGGGAGGUUUAAAACCGGCCGUGUUCAGAUCAGACCUCCAAUGUCUCCAAUUCCAACAUAAAGUCAUUAGACAUCUGUAGAUGAAUUCCUCUGCUACUUGAAGAACCCAUGACUCCCAAAGGCACUAUUCAUUCCUUAAAAGAUCCCACAAACCCUGAAAUGGUCCCCAGCUGUUUUGACUCGCCCAUGUGUUAACCCUCGGUUGGCUGGUGGACAGAUGCAGCUAUGCUAAAGGGCACACACUCGGUUCAUCUGCGACAUGACGUGACAUGUUGAGUUCAUUAAGCCUUGUAUCAAUCAUACUGUUUUUUUGUUUGACCACGCUUCAUCAUGGGAUGCAGAAAGACUCAAUGAAACAGAGCGGCGCGACGCAUCCAGGUGGAAAACCAUGACAACCAAAAACCUGCUGCAAAUUCACGUUUCCAGCACGUCGUUUCUGAACAGUGGGAGCUUUGUGAUGUUUCGUAACGAACUGAAGACCUAUGAACUCGGAAGGACUGAUAAGAGGCCCAUGUCAAAACCCUGGAAGUCUUUGGAAGCUUGUGCAAUGUGUUACUCUUUUGACUUCAUGUAAAGAUGCUAGACUUUUGAAAACAGCCGCCAAACCUACUGGAGUAUGUUGCUGAAUAUGUGGGGAGGGGGGGUGGGGGACUAACAAAAAAAUAAAAACAACACUAACAAAAAAUGGCAUCAAAAAGAAUAGAUCAUAAACACACCGACAAAAUGAAAAGAACCCAAACUCAGCAAAAUAGUUUUUCCUUUGUAUGAGGGCCAAGUGCUAUCACUUUCAAACUGUUACUUCUAACAGAAACAAUAAUUGGUUUAAAGCCACUGUGUAUGUAGAUAUGUUGACUUUGUAUUAAAGAAAUGUUGUCUGAAAACA